UUUCCGCCCGCUCCGGGCUCCCGGGCUGCGGCGCUCUGGCCCGGCGGCGGCGACCCGCGGGGGGGGGUCGAGGAUGCGGCGCGGGGCGGCCCGGCGCCCCCCUGUCCUGUCACGGCAGCCGCGGCGGCAGCGGGGACCCGGCGGGGGCGGGCGGCCCGAGCCGCGGUAGCGGCGGCGGCGGCAGGGGCGGCCUGAGGGCGGGCGGGCGGGCUCCCGGGCGCGGGGCUCCUCGCUCCGCACGGCCCGGCUCGGCCCCGGCGCCAUGAGCGGCGGCGGCGGCGGCGGCGGCGGCGGCGGGGGCUCGGCCAGUCGCUUCGCGGACUACUUCGUCAUCUGCGGGCUGGACACCGACACCGGGCUGGAGCCGGACGAGCUUUCGGCAUUAUGCCAGUACAUACAGGCUUCUAAAGCCAGGGAUGGUGCCAGCCCUUUCAUUUCAAGUACGACUGAAGGAGAAAAUUUUGAACAGACACCAUUGAGACGAACAUUCAAAUCUAAGGUCCUUGCACGAUAUCCAGAAAAUGUAGAGUGGAAUCCUUUUGACCAAGAUGCAGUGGGAAUGCUGUGCAUGCCCAAAGGGCUGGCAUUCAAGACCCAGGCUGAUACCAGGGAACCCCAGUUCCAUGCCUUUAUUAUCACAAGGGAGGAUGGUUCUCGGACAUUUGGGUUUGCACUCACAUUUUUUGAGGAAGUGACUAGCAAGCAGAUCUGCAGUGCAAUGCAGACCCUCUACCACAUGCAUAAUGCUGAAUAUGAUGUCCUACAUGCUCCCACUGCUGAUGGCCAAGACCAUUGUAGCAUGGAGGAUGGUGAAGGCACGCCAGGGACCAAACUGCAGCGCUUCAACUCGUAUGACAUUAGCCGGGACACACUUUAUGUCUCUAAGUGUAUCUGCCUCAUCACACCCAUGUCCUUCAUGAAAGCAUGUCGAAGUGUGCUGGAACAACUUCACCAGGCAGUCACUUCACCUCAGCCUCCUCCACUGCCCCUUGAGAGCUAUAUAUACAAUGUACUGUAUGAGGUGCCACUCCCACCUCCUGGCCGGUCCUUGAAGUUUUCUGGGGUAUAUGGGCCAGUAAUUUGCCAGAGGCCAAGUACCAACGAGCUUCCUCUAUUCGACUUUCCUGUCAAAGAGGUCUUUGAGUUGCUUGGGGUGGAGAAUGUGUUUCAGCUUUUUACUUGUGCUCUUUUGGAGUUUCAAAUCCUGCUCUACUCACAACAUUACCAGAGACUGAUGACUGUGGCGGAGACGAUUACAGCUCUCAUGUUUCCUUUCCAGUGGCAGCAUGUAUAUGUCCCUAUUCUCCCGGCUUCUCUUCUACAUUUCUUAGAUGCUCCUGUUCCAUACUUGAUGGGCUUGCAUUCUAAUGGCCUGGAUGAUCGUUCAAAGCUGGAGCUGCCUCAAGAGGCCAACCUUUGCUUUGUGGACAUUGACAACCACUUCAUUGAGCUACCGGAAGAUUUGCCUCAGUUUCCUAACAAAUUGGAAUUUGUCCAGGAAGUUUCUGAGAUCCUCAUGGCAUUUGGUAUUCCUCCAGAAGGGAACCUUCACUGCAGUGAGAGUGCAUCCAAGCUGAAGAGGCUCCGGGCCUCUGAACUGGUCUCUGACAAGAGGAAUGGGAAUAUUGCUGGCUCCCCUUUGCACUCCUAUGAGCUCCUCAAGGAGAAUGAAACGAUCGCUCGGCUCCAGGCUUUGGUCAAGAGGACUGGAGUGAGUCUAGAAAAGCUGGAAAUGCGUGAAGACCCUAGCACUAAUAAGGAUCUCAAAGUUCAGUGUGAUGAAGAAGAACUCAGGAUUUACCAACUAAACAUUCAGAUUCGGGAGGUUUUUGCAAAUCGGUUCACUCAGAUGUUUGCAGAUUAUGAGGUGUUUGUUAUUCAGCCUAGCCAGGAUAAAGAAUCCUGGUUUACCAAUAGGGAACAGAUGCAAAACUUUGAUAAAGCAUCUUUUCUGUCAGAUCAGCCUGAGCCUUACCUACCCUUCCUCUCAAGAUUCCUGGAGACUCAGAUGUUUGCUUCUUUCAUUGACAACAAAAUCAUGUGUCACGAUGAUGAUGAUAAAGAGCCUGUGCUUAGAGUAUUUGAUUCCCGAGUAGACAAGAUCAGGCUAUUGAAUGUCCGGACACCUACUCUCCGCACAUCCAUGUAUCAGAAGUGUACCACUGUAGAUGAAGCAGAGAAAGCAAUUGAGCUACGUCUGGCAAAAAUCGACCAUACUGCAGUUCACCCCCAUUUACUUGACAUGAAGAUUGGCCAAGGGAAGUAUGAGCCAGGCUUCUUCCCUAAGCUUCAAUUUGAUGUGCUUUCUACUGGGCCAGCCAGCAAUAAGUGGACAAAAAGGAAUGCUCCUGCCCAGUGGAGACGAAAAGAUAGGCAGAAGCAACACACAGAACACCUACGUCUAGACAAUGACCAGAGAGAGAAGUAUAUCCAGGAAGCCAGGAGCAUGGGUAGCACCAUCCGCCAGCCCAAACUAUCCAACCUCUCACCAUCAGUGAUUGCCCAAACCAACUGGAAGUUUGUAGAGGGCCUACUAAAGGAAUGCCGCAACAAGACCAAGAGGAUGCUGGUGGAGAAGAUGGGCCGAGAAGCUGUGGAGCUCGGACAUGGGGAAGUGAACAUCACAGGGGUGGAAGAGAACACCUUGAUUGCCAGCCUGUGUGACCUCUUGGAAAGGAUUUGGAGUCAUGGAUUACAGGUGAAACAGGGGAAAUCAGCUUUGUGGUCCCACUUGUUACACUAUCAGGAUAACCGUCAGAGAAAACUCACGUCAGGGAGCCUUAGUACCUCAGGAAUACUUCUUGAUUCAGAACGGAGGAAAUCUGAUGCCAGCUCUGUCAUGUCUCCCCUGAGGGUCUCCCUCAUUCAGGAUAUGAGACACAUCCAAAACAUCGGGGAAAUCAAGACUGACGUAGGAAAGGCCAGAGCAUGGGUGCGGCUGUCAAUGGAAAAAAAAUUACUCUCUCGACACCUGAAGCAACUUCUCUCAGACCAUGAACUCACCAAAAAGCUGUAUAAGCACUAUGCCUUCCUGCUCUGUGACGAUGAGAAGGAGCAGUUCCUCUACCACCUCCUCUCCUUCAAUGCCGUGGAUUACUUCUGCUUCACCAGUGUCUUCACCACUAUCUUGAUCCCAUACCACAUCUUGAUUGUACCAAGCAAGAAGCUGGGGGGCUCCAUGUUCACUGCUAACCCAUGGAUCUGCAUCUCAGGAGAACUGGGUGAGACACAGAUCCUGCAAAUUCCCAGGAACCUGUUAGAGAUGACCUUUGAGUGUCAGAACUUGGGGAAGCUUACUACUGUGCAGAUAGGCCAUGAUAACUCGGGACUAUAUGCUAAAUGGCUGGUGGAGUAUGUGAUGGUCAGGAAUGAGAUCACAGGACAUACUUACAAGUUCCCAUGUGGCCGGUGGUUGGGCAAAGGCAUGGAUGAUGGAAGCUUGGAGCGGGUCCUCGUUGGUGAGCUGCUCACAUCCCAGCCUGAGGCAGACGAGAGACCAUGUCGGACCCCACCUUUGCAACAAUCUCCCAGCGUUAUCAGGAGGCUCGUAACCAUCUCGCCAAACAAUAAGCCUAAACUCAAUACUGGACAGAUCCAGGAGUCCAUUGGGGAGGCAGUAAAUGGCAUUGUGAAGCACUUCCAUAAGCCUGAGAAAGAGCGAGGCAGCCUGACUUUGUUGCUUUGUGGAGAAUGUGGCCUGGUUUCAGCACUGGAGCAGGCUUUCCAACAUGGAUUUAAAUCACCUCGGCUCUUCAAAAAUGUUUUCAUUUGGGAUUUCUUGGAAAAAGCACAAACCUAUUAUGAAACGUUGGAGCAGAAUGAAGUUGUCCCUGAGGAAAAUUGGCAUACAAGGGCCCGGAACUUCUGCCGAUUUGUCACUGCAAUCAACAAUACUCCCCGGAACAUUGGAAAGGACGGCAAAUUUCAGAUGCUGGUGUGCUUGGGAGCCAGAGAUCACCUCCUACACCACUGGAUUGCCCUGCUGGCUGACUGCCCCAUCACUGCACACAUGUAUGAAGAUGUUGCGCUCAUCAAAGACCACACACUUGUUAAUUCUUUGAUCCGAGUGCUGCAGACGUUGCAGGAGUUCAACAUCACACUGGAAACAUCCCUCAUAAAGGGCAUCGACAUCUGACCUUGCAGCACCAGCUAGCAGCAGGAUCGAGAUUGGCUCACCCUGCAACUCGGACUGACCCAAGACGCUGUGCAGGAGCUGGAGAGAUGUACACUCACUGUAAAAAGAAAACUAGAGGAUUUUUGGAAUAAAUAAUCUAUUUUAGAGUUUAUUUGAUGAUUUGCUUUUUACACACUUUCAUGUGAAAGAGUGAUAGAGAGAGGGAGACGAGGUUGGUGCCGCUUAUUUUGAAGCUGGUGUUCUCCCUCGCUGUGGCCGCCUGCUGGGGGCCUGCGGUCUCCCUGGACUGAGCCUUAGACCGUGUGUGGGGCACUUGUACGUCUUUGCCCUGCCAUGUUAAUGAGGCUACUCCACAUUGUUUUUAAACUAAUGUUUUCUACAUUAACAUUACUACGGAUAUUUGGCUUUCAUGGGCCACACACAGGUGUGCUUAGCGAGCAGCCCCAAGCUCCAGUCAAAAGGAGUUUUAGUCGUGCCUCUACAAGCACUGAUGAGUCAGUCCCAUUUCUUUCUUUCUUCCUUUCUUUCUUUCUUUCUUUCUUUCUUUCUUUCUUUCUUUCUUUCUUUUUUUCUUUCUUUUCUUCUUCUUUUUUUUGUCAGUAUUAUUUGGGAAGCAGACAUGCUGGCAUGUGUCAUCAUGCAGAAAAACCAUGCUUUCUCUUGGCAUGAAGUUGCACAGAAGUAAACAUAAGCAUGUUUUAACAAGUUUUCCUUUUUAAAAAAUAUUUAUUUAACCCUCUAUUAUGUUUUAUGUUAUUUUCCUUUUUUUUUUAUAGAAAGGAAAGCUUGUCACAGUUUAACUGGCUAUGUUAUUAUUGUUAAACUUAUGUUGUUUUGCAACUUAGAAACCAGCUACAGAAUGACCCACUUAAUAAAACACCUGAAACAAAA